GUUCUUUAUAAUCGAAGAAAUAUAACACAUAGAAUUUCCUAUAUUCUAUUUUGCCUGACUGUCAAACAACGUUUUAAUAAUUGGUUGUGCGAAAUCACCUCCUGUUCAAUUGCUCUUUCAACAAUUGACCAUUCAAAUUUGACCUCGAAUUGUCUCUUGAACACGAGGAUAUAGAACAUGAUAUUCGGCAACAAGGUUGCGACUGCGUCAUUUGACCAGCUGGCACCAGGUGGAAUUAGGAUUAUAUAUAAUCAGCCACAACAUACGAUUCUAAGCGACCACAAAAACAUUCCCCAAGAAGAUAUAAAAUUUCUUUGCAAUUCAUCUCAGAGUUUUUUCCCACAACACACAGUUUUGAGUGAACGCAAAUUUGGCAAAGAUUACGGAAAGAUAUUCAAAUGUUCUUCUUGUGACCGAACUUUCACCUCCAGAUCAGGGUUAUGGUACCAUGUACAACUUGUUCACGAAGUACAAAAUUAUCCAUGUGAUCAGUGUUCAAGGACCUUCAGAUUGAAACAAUAUCUUAUUGCACAUAUUCAACAAGUUCAUGAAAAAAGAUUAGCUAAAUGUGAAGUAUGUGGCACAACGUUUGCCUCAUUGGGUAAUCUAAAGAAACAUGAAAAAAGUAUCCAUGGAGGCAAAUUAUUCGACUGUCCUUCUUGUGAUCGUUCCUUCACCUCAAGAUCCGGUUUGUGGUAUCAUAUUCAUCUUGUCCAUGAUGUUCAGUCAUUUCAGUGCGAUGUAUGCUCCAGGACAUUUGCAUUGCGAGUUUAUCUUCACGCUCAUGUACAACAGGUUCAUGGGAAGAGAAUGGUCAAAUGCGAACAAUGUGGCGAUUUCUUCUUGUCUGGAAGCAUUUUCAGAAGACAUCAAGAAACUCGACACAAAGGUAUGAAAAUCUCACCACAACAGUAUGAUUCCCCGGUUCCACGAAAAACGAAUAAAUUGAGACCUCCUUUAGGUCGGCUGAUAUUCAAAUGUGCUAGCUGUAACAAAUCUUUUGCUUCUAGAUCUGAUGUAGCGAUACAUUACAAACAUGUACACGCUGCUAAAUUAAUUAAGUGCGCUGAGUGUGAUAGAACGUUUACGUCGAAAUUGACUUUGCAAAGUCACGUACGCGUCGCCCAUCCUGAUGAUGAUGAGGAAGAAGAGAUCGCGGAGGAAGUUGAUGAAGAAGACGAGGAAGAAAAUGACGAAGAGGAUAAAAUUGAAAUCCCACUAUCUCCUACAAAACCUCCCAUCAAAACUGUCAACAUUCUCCUUUUCCGUACAAACAAAAAGCUUCGUAUUCAAAACCCAACUAUUUCAUAAGUGCAGUUUUGUAAACUAUCCCCUAACACUAACAAAUUUUUACUCUACUGUAGAUUACCGGGUGUCAGAUUUUAUCACUUUUAUUUAUAUGAUUAUUAUUUUCAUAAGUGUGUACCUUCGUUAUUACCGUUUCACUUCAUAUUAUUAUCAUUAUUAUUCAAUAAAUCAUUAUUGUACAUACAGUGUGUACGUUUUCUGUAUGACCUGUGAAAAAUCUCAAUCAUUACAACAUAUGUACGCAUAAUUUACAUGUUACAAUCACAUAACAAAACGAGUGAUCGAAAAAAAUAUUCAAAGUACCUAAUUUUCACGUAUACAUUGAAAAAAUUAUUUAGAGCCAUCUUAACCAUUCUAAACAGUAUGUGCCAUAUCCCUGUUAAUGUUGAUCGCGUGACCAGGGAAACACGGAAAGUAUAUGGAUGACAUAAACGCAAGCAGAUUUUCCAGGUUAUAUAACGAGGUGCACACAGGCGCAGGCGGGGAACCAACUAUCAAAAGACUGCUAAAUAUGCAAAAACAUAUGUAAUCGAGAUCAACUCACUAUAGUCAUCCUGCCACAACAGUUCUCUUUUCUGAGUCUACUGAAGUCGAUCGACCGGUGAAGACGACCGAGUAGCGAAUGUGCCAG